AUGGCGCGCAUGCACUACAAGAACACGGCCACGGACGUGAAGCGCCUCCUCGGCCGCAAGUUCAAGCACCCGGAAGUGCAGCAGGAGCUCCAGCAGCUCGCGUUCACGUGCGUGGAGCUCUCAAGCGGCGACGUGGGGAUCGUGCUCACGUACAACGACGAGCCCGUGACGUUCUCGUGCGAACAGGUGGUCGCGAUGAUCCUCAACAAGAUGCAGCACAUUGCUGCUGCUGCCAACGAAGGCGUGACCCCUGCGUACUGCGUGCUCUCGUGUCCCGGCUAUUACACGGACGGGCAGCGUCGCGCGUUGCUGAACGCCUCGAAGAUUGCGGGGCUCAACUGCCUCCGCCUCAUGAAUGAGCACACGGCCAUUGCUCUGGCUUACGGCAUCUACAAGUCGGCCCGGAACCUCUUCCACGAGACGGUCCCUCAGCACGUGAUGUUCAUUGACGUGGGCCACGCCAGUUACACCGUGGCCGUCGUGGCGUUCGUCCAAGGGCGACUCACGGUUAAAUCCGUGGCUUUUGACCGGUUCCUGGGCGGACGGGACUUUGACUUGGCUAUUGCGAAGGACGCAGCAGCCAAGUUUGCUGACAAGUACAAGGUCGCGAACCCAUUGGAGAACAACCCCAAGGCCCGCAUGAAACUGCUCGCGGCCUGUGAGAAAGCCAAGAAGAACCUCAGUCCGUACGGCGUGUCGGCGACCCAGCUCAACAUCGAGUGCUUGGCGGAAGACCGGGACUAUAAUGCACAGGUGACGCUGGAGGAGUUUGAAGCGCUCAUUGCGCCGCUCUUGGAGCGUCUGAAUGGACCCGUGGAACAAGCGCUGGCGGAUGCGGGCUUGAAAGCGACCGAUUUGACGAAUGUCGAGAUUGUUGGUGGCGGCACGCGGGUCACUAGUGUCAAGCGCCACCUUGCAGAGGUCUUGGGCUUGGACAAGGAGCAGCAGAACUACGGGCUGAGCUCGACGUUGAAUGCCGACGAGUCGGUGGCUCGUGGCUGUGCUCUGAACUGUGCGAUCCUGUCGCCUAUGUUUAAGGUGAAGGAGUUUAGCGUGACGGACCGGGUGCACCUGCCUGUUCGUGUAUCGUGGGACGGUAGCGCCUCGGCGGCUGCAGAUGGUGCGGACGACGACGAAGACGCAAACAUGGAGGCAACUGCUGCCGAUGACAGCUCGCUGGUGAUCUUUAGUCGCAAGGACGAGUACCCGAAGACGAAGCGCAUCACUUUCCGUCGUGACAAGUCGUUCUCGAUUGACGCUGCGUACGACGAGUCCGCUAAGGCGUAUCUUCCUCUUGACUAUGCGAUGGACAUUGGCAAGUACACGAUUUUGGGUAUGCCUGCACAGGAAGCUGGAGCUGAGGUCCCGAAAAUCCGUGUCAACGUGCAGCAGGACAUGAACGGUCUGUUUUCCGUGGCGUCUUCGCAGUUGAUGCAGGAGAUUAAGGAGGAGGAGAAGCCUGCGGAUACCGAAGGCGAUGAGAAGAUGGAUGAGAAGAAGGAAGACGAGAGUAAGAAGGACGACAAGAAGGAGGACAAGGCGGCUGGACCGAAGAAGAAACGCUUCCGCAAAGUCGAACUCAUCGUGCAGUCGCAGGUUGGUGGUCUAUCGACGACUGAUGUGUCUUCUGCCACUGAGCAGGAGCUGAAGAUGGCACAGCAAGACCGUGUGAUUGAGGAUACGUUCAACAAGCGUAACGAGCUCGAGAGCUUUGUGUACGAGAUGCGUAACCAGAUCACGGACAAGCUAGCUGCUUUCAUCACUAGCGAUGAGAAGAGCAAUCUCGAGAAGAAGCUGGUGGACACGGAAGACUGGCUGUACACGGAUGAAGGCUUCGACAGCACGAAGUCGGUGUACCAGCAAAAGCUAGACGACAUGCGCAAGCUGUCUUCGCCGGUGGAGUUCCGUCAGACGGAGAGCACUGAGCGUGGCGUUGCUCAGGCUGAGCUCACGGCUGUGCUGGAGGAGUACAAGCGCAUGGUGAAUUCGGGCGACGAUAUGUACUCGCACUGGACGGAGGACGAGAAGACGAAGCUCCGCCAGACGUGCGUCGACGCUGAGACGUGGCUGUUCGACGGCCUCGCGAAGCAGGCGGAUGUGAGCCCAAUGGAUGCUCCAGUGCUCACGUCGGCUUCUAUCCGCAGCAAGAUCGUGGCUGUUCGUGCCGUCGCUCUCCCAAUCACGACUAAGCCCAAGCCACUACCCAAGGUCGAGACGCCACCUGCUCCCGAGACUUCUGAACAGGCUGCUCCAUCAGAAGAGAAGGACGCGACGGAAAAGAUGGACCUCGACUAA